AUGCACCGCAGGGCUUACUUCUUGCUGGAAAGAGACUUCCAAGAGUUGAAGGAGAACAAUUUUAAGGGUAUUACUGCCUUUCCUGUAAGUGAAGAUCUGAUGGAAUGGGGAGCUAGUAUUCAAGGUCUACAGAAUACAGUUUGGCAAGGAUUAUUCUUCCAACUGACAAUAAAUUUUACAUCGGAGUACAAUUUGGUGCCUCCAGUUGUGAAAUUCUUAACAAUUCCUUUUCAUCCAAAUGUAGACCAAAAUACUGGUCGGGCCUGUAUAGAUUUUUUGGACGACCCUGCUAAGUGGAAUACAAGCUAUACAUUGAGCAGCAUUCUAUUUACCCUCCAGGUUAUGCUUUCGAAUCCAGUGCUAGAAAAUCCAGUGAAUUUGGAAGCAGCCCAAAUGCUGAUUAAAGAUGAAUCUCUGUACAAACAAAUAGUUCUAAGAUUUUUCAACCAACCAUCACAAUUGAGAGAUGACAGGCCUGAGUCACUUAAAGAUCCAGAUAAAUUUAUCAGAUCAACUAAGGCAGUCUCAUUUAAUGAUUACUACAAGACAUGGUCUGGAAUAGCCACAUCCAAAGCCACAGAGUAUUAUAGAAGUCCAUUGCCUGAAGAUCCACAUUUUAUUGGAGAGUAUCAUAAAUGGAAGAAACUUGAAUUAAAACAUCCUAGAGAAUGGAAUCUAAAGUAA